CUUUAGUCUCCAAACUCUGGCUAGUCCAUAAGUGUGACAGAGCACUUAACACUCCAUUAAUCCUUGUCCCAUUCUGAAAAGCUGAUACAGAACAAUGGCAGCGACAACCCGAUUGACAUGGAAUGAGGAAAGAAGUUUUCAAAAGCUGCUUGGAAAUGUUUCUUUGAGACUUCUUUAUAAGUCUAGUGUCCAUGGAAAUGACAUUGCAGAAAUGCAGAAUAGGUGCAGAUGUCAAGGAUCCACUAUAACAGUGAUUUAUCAUUCCGACAAUAUUUUUGGUAUCUUUAUGCUUGGCAUGGUUCUGAAAUGUCUAAAAGUUUUAUAGAACCAAAUGCAUCCUUCUUUUUUUUCACUUCAAAAGGAUGAAACAAUGGAAAUGAAAUCUGUAUUUUUAAAUUCAACAGUGACAAGUAAUUUUAAGAGCCUGAUAGUUAAUUUCUCUAGUUAUUACAAUAAGUAUUUAUCUCUAAAUUUCAGCAACAGAUGCAUUAAUAUACCUAGAUUUUUAAAGGAAAAAUUAAGAGCAAAAUCUGACUCAGACUCCCCAUAUUUAGAAUGUGAAGUUUUUCGAGUUGAACGUAUGUUAAUUUGUACACUACUAUGUUCUAAUUCUAGUCUUUGUGUUUGGUAGCUCACAAUUAAUCUACAAGAACAAGAAAAAAAAGACAAGUGAAUAUCAUACCACAAAUUUUUUAAUAACCUCCAAAAUGAAAAAUGGAAGCAUAAAGGUUAUGGGGUUAUCACCCAGAAAGUAUAGGCAGCUUUGAUCAAAGUAAGUUGAGAAGUAUGAGUGAAGAGAUGGAGCCGGAGAGAGAAGACUCAUUAUUUUGACACUGACACCUUUUGAGUCAGCCCUGGGACUCCUAGGCAUAAUUAUAUGAGUUUGCAGAGUGACUUAUACAAAGAAGACACUUUUAGCUCCUCUUAAUCUCAUUAUGCUGCCAACCCUAAUUCCUGACCAAACAGCUCAGCUGGGUUAUGCAAAAAGACUCAAUGCCCUAUUUAGAAUUUAGACUUGGUCACAUUUAAUCAGACAAGCUUAAAAAUUGUUAUGCCAUGUUUAUUUCCUUUAGGAAUUAAGAAUGAGACAGGCUACAUAAACAGGAUAACAAGAGCCACAGAGUAAGUAGUUUCUUGGACUAUCUGUCACUCAUUUCAUUUAGAUCAACUGUAUAAAUGGCACUGACGGUGAGAUUAAAAACCAUGUUACUUGGAGUGAUAAAAAUCAGUGGCCCUGACUUAGUGUGUUGAAGACAAUUUAGAACAGCAACAAAAACAAAACCACUACCAGCUGGAAUUUUUAAGAUCCACCUCAUGGCAGUUUGACUUCAUGUUUCACUAUGGUCCUAUUAGAUUCAAAGUUAGAGUUGAGAUGACUAUUUUAGAUAAUUCCUCUGAAUCCUUGUUUUGAGAAUCAAGUUUUCAGAGAACCUCAGAAAAUUUUAAAAACAAAGUCUCCUCUCCCCACUUUAUAGAUAAACACCUGCAUUGCAUAUAUUUUAUUUUUGUUUCCCCUUAAUGUAACAUUGUUACUGAAAAUUCACUUUCAGUGUUGAUAUUAUUUCUUAUUAUUCUUAUGGGGUCUAAGGCUAAUAGUUUAGAAAUGAUUUGGUUGCUGGUUAGUUUAACUUAGUCAGAUAUAGAUAAGUACAUUUUCUUCAAGCACAGAAUGUAUAACCUUAGACCCUUUCAAGUUAUAUGAAAGAAAAUGCUAAUAUCAGAAUAAUAAAUAAAUGUUAAAACAUGCUUUUUAGCAGGAAGAAAAGCUCAGCAGAAUUAUAUUGUUCCUUAUGGAAGUUUGGCUGUUGUAUUUAGCUACUGCAGUUUUCCAGGCACAGAAUAGUCUCCUAGCAGACGUCAGAGCCUACAGUCCCUAUGCAGACUUGGUUUCAGAAAUCCGUGUUCUCUUGCUGGGUCCAGUUGGGUUUGGAAAGUCCAGUUUUUUCAAUUCAGUGAAGUCCAUUUUCCAAGGCCAUUUGACUCGCCAAGCCAUAGUGGGAUCUGAUGGCACCAGCAUUACUGAACAGUAUAGGAUAUAUUCUAUUAAAGAUGGAAAAAAUGGCCAAUCUCUGCCAUUUAUGUUGUGUGACUCCAUGGAGCUGGAUGAGAAUGAGGGAGUAGGCUUAUGUGUGGAUGACAUACCCCACAUCUUAAAAGGGUGUGUGCCAGACAGAUAUAAGUUUAGUCCCCAUAAACCAAUUACACCCAAGCAUCCUACUUUCAUCACCUCUCCAUCACUGAAAGACAGGAUUCACUGUGUAGCUUUUGUCUUUGAUAUCAACUCUAUGGACAAUCUCUCCUCUAAAAUGAUGGCAAAGUUCAAGCAAAUUCAAAAAGAAGUAAUAAACUGCGGUGUAGCACAAGUAGCAUUACGUACUAAAGUGAAAAAUUGCAAUGAAGUUCUUCAAGACAACUUCUUAAAGAUGAAUAAGGCUAUGAUUUCUCAAAGCCAGAUACAGAAUGUCAACAGGAGACUAGGCAUUCCUCUUUCUAGAAUACUGGUGGUUGAAAAUUAUGCUUCAGAGAGGGAGAUGGGCCCUUUAAAGGACAUUAUGAUCCUCUCUGCACUGAAGCAGAUGUUCUGGGCUGCAGAUGACUUCUUAGAGGAUUUGCCUCUUGAGUAAACAGAUGCAACUGCAGGAAUGUUCCAGCUCUGACUCAAUUGACUUGAUUCAGACACUUGGCCCAAGCUGGAGUUGCCAACAGCCUCUUUGAGAUUCUGCUUCUACUUGUGUUUUACUUUCUGUCCCUGACAACAUCUAGCUGAUGGUUCCUACUGAGAUCAGUCAUACCUCAAGUGCAAUGGCCAAUCUUGAGCAGCAGUGGGCCAACAUAUGUCCUAUUGCAAACCACCUUUCAUAUUUAUGCACUAUUUACAAAUUAAUUUCUAUGACACCUUGAAUAUAUCCUCAGCAAAGUUAACUGUUCCCUUACUUACUUGUCUUAAUUGUUUCAACAGUUAAUUUAAAACUCAGUGUCAGUACUAACCCCACUGAGUAUAAAAUGGUUAUAGAUAUCUACUUCUCUAAAUAGUGAGCUUUUCAAGAAGCAGGGUUUGGAUUUUGCUUAUCUUUGUAUUCACAGAAAUUCACACACUGCCUGGAAGGGUGCAAGCAUACCUGCUAUUAAGCAUAUCUCCCGAUUUCCCCAGUGUGAUAACAUGUAUUUAAAUUUUUUUCCUUAUGAAAAGGAAGACUGUGAGAGAAUGAAAUGCUGGAGAGAAAUAAAGGAAGGAGAACGUAUCACUUAACUCUGGAUGAAAAUAUGAAUUUAAGUUAAUUAAAAGAAACAAGUGUUCCCAA